CAUAUUUACCAUAAUGCUGGAAAAAAUUUAUUGAAUAUGUACUUACAGAAAAGGGUGACUGCUCAUAGAAUACCUCAGGCGAGCGAUCCUUUAAAACUGAUUUUCCCAACUCAGAGGCCCUCAUUUUCUGCAAUGGUGAUUAUCUGGCCAAGAGGCCCGGGAUCCCAGCCUCUGCUGUUCUCGCUUUUGCUCCUCGCAGCCUGGGAGGUGGGGAGCGGUCAGCUCCACUACACCGUACCAGAGGAGGCCAAACACGGCACUUUCGUGGGCCGCAUCGCGCAGGACCUAGGGCUGGAGCUGGCGGAGCUGGUGCCGCGCCUGUUCCGGGUGGCGUCCAAAACACACGGGGACCUUCUGGAGGUAAAUCUGCAGAAUGGCAUUUUGUUUGUGAAUUCUCGGAUUGACCGCGAGAAGCUGUGCGGGCGGAGCGCGGAGUGCAGCAUCCAUCUGGAGGUGAUCGUGGACAGGCCGCUGCAGGUUUUCCAUGUGGAUGUGGAGGUGAAGGACAUUAACGACAAUCCGCCGGUGUUUAGAGAGAGGGAACAAAAGGUACCUGUUUCUGAAUCUGCGCCUCUGGACUCUCAUUUUCCUCUAGAGGGCGCUUCUGAUGCGGAUAUCGGCGUAAACUCUCUUUUGACCUAUACGUUAAGUCUAAACGAGCAUUUUGAGCUUAAAAUAAAAACAAAAAAAGAUAAAAGUAUACUGCCUGAAUUAGUUCUUCGCAAGUUAUUGGACAGAGAGCAAACGCCAAAGCUCGAUUUAUUGCUGAUGGUAAUCGAUGGCGGUAAACCACAGCUAACAGGGUCUGUUCAGAUUCAAGUAACCGUCCUGGAUGUGAAUGACAACGGUCCGGCGUUUGAUAAGCCCAGCUACAAAGUAGUUUUGUCUGAAAAUGUCCAAAACGACACGAAAGUGAUCCAACUAAACGCUUCCGAUCCAGACGAAGGACUGAAUGCAGAAAUUUCCUAUGGGAUCAAAAUGAUUUUGCCAGUGAGUGAGAAAUGUGUGUUUUCAAUAAAUCCAGACACAGGUGAAAUUAAAAUUUAUGGUGAACUGGAUUUUGAAGAGAAUAAUGCCUAUGAAAUUCAGGUUAACGCAAUUGAUAAAGGGAUUCCUUCCAUGGCAGGUCACAGCAUGGUCCUGGUGGAAGUUCUGGACGUGAAUGACAAUGUCCCUGAAGUAGUGGUUACUUCCCUGUCGCUCCCUGUGCAAGAGGAUGCUCAGGUGGGUACUGUCAUCGCCCUGAUCAGCGUGUCGGAUCGUGACUCUGGAGCCAAUGGACAGGUCAUCUGCUCACUGACACCUCAUGUCCCCUUCAAGUUGGUGUCCACCUACAAGAAUUAUUACUCAUUGGUGCUGGACAGCGCCCUGGAUCGUGAGACGGUGUCUGCCUAUGAGCUGGUGGUGACUGCGAGGGACGGGGGCUCCCCUUCGCUGUGGGCCACGGCCAGCGUGUCCGUGGAGGUGGCCGACGUGAACGAUAACGCGCCGACGUUCGCGCAGCCCGAGUAUACGGUGUUUGUGAAGGAGAACAACCCGCCGGGCUGCCACAUCUUCACUGUGUCGGCGCAGGACGCGGACGCGCAGGAGAACGCGCUGGUGUCCUACUCGCUGGUGGAGCGGCGGGUGGGCGAUCGCGCGCUGUCGAGCUACGUGUCGGUGCACGCGGAGAGCGGCAAGGUGUACGCGCUGCAGUCGCUGGACCACGAGGAGCUGGAGCUGCUGCAGUUCCAGGUGAGCGCUCGUGACGCGGGCAUGCGACCUCUGGGCAGCAACGUGACACUGCAGGUGUUCGUGCUGGACGAGAACGACAACGCGCCAGCCCUGCUGGCAACUGGGGCUGGCAUCGCGGGAGGUGCAGUGAGCGAGCUUGUACCGCGGUCUGUGGGUGCAGGCCACGUGGUGGCGAAGGUGCGCGCGGUGGACGCUGACUCCGGCUAUAACGCUUGGCUGUCCUACGAGUUGCAACCUGCGGCGGUUGGCGCGCUCAUCCCGUUCCGCGUUGGGCUGUACACGGGCGAAAUCAGCACGACACGCAUCCUGGACGAGGCGGACGCUCCGCGCCACCGCCUGCUGGUGCUGGUGAAGGACCAUGGCGAGCCCGCGCUGACGACCACGGCCACUGUGCUAGUGUCGCUGGUGGAGAACGGCCAGUCUCCAAAAGCGUCGUUGCGAGCCUCGGUGGGCGCUGUAGGUCCCGAAAUGGCGCUGGUGGAUGUCAACGUGUACCUGAUCAUCGCCAUCUGUGCGGUGUCCAGCCUGUUGGUGCUCACGCUGCUGCUGUCCACGGCGCUGCGGUGCUCUGCGCCUCCUACUGUGAGCGGGUGCGCCUCGGGCAAGCCCACACAGGUUUGCUCCAGCGCCGCGGGGAGUUGGUCUUACUCGCAGCAGAGGAGGCAGAGGUGUGCUCUGGAGAGGGCGCGCCCAAGACAGACCUCAUGGCCUUCAGUCCAAGCCUUCAGCUGUCUCGAGAAGAUUGUUUAAGUCCUCCCAGUGAACCACGACAGCCCAACCCUGACUGGCGUUACUCUGCCUCCCUGAGAGCAGGCAUG